GGAGUGUCAACAGACAACAUUUACUGCGUUAAGUGAUUAAGAUUGGCUUGAAAAUAUAAACAACAUUUAAAAAUAAAAUCUAUCAAUCUACCAUUAUACAAUUUUUUUAAAGUUCGUAAUAGUGUAUCUUCUCGUGUUGUGUGGUUCAUCAACUGUCUUGUAGAAGCUUGUUGUUAUAGAUUUGAAUAGGCCACAGUAUGCAGGUCCUCGUCUCGCUUGCGUUACUCGCCGUCAGCUCGGCCGUCUACGUUCCUCGCAUCGUCACGGCUCCCGCCACGAAUACUGUGUAUCACUGCUCAACGCUGAUGCUUGGACGAAAAACAGAGGAUCAGAUUCAGCUACCAGAAAGAACUGUUGGAUCACACGAUUAUCUCUACGUCGCUGAUGCUUGCUUCAAGCAGCAGAAGCAGUGGGUAGGUGAGAAUGUGACCGCCUGCGACUCGGUAGGGUCCUGGCCGCCCACCGUCAUCCCUUUCGGCGCUGGCAGUUUCUCCCCCCUCUACAUCAACUGCGCGCAAGAGAACCCCCACCCGUGCUACGAGCUCAUCAUUGUUCAUGUCACCUUGUAUUGCGAGGCCAAGAGCUUGAACAGCAUUUAAGUACCUAUAAGUACAACUACUUUUUCAAUUAUUUUUUUAUCAAUAGGCUUGACUCUUAAACUACAUUGUAUGAAAUAACAACGCUAAAUAAAUUAGAGAUUUACAGGAUUAGAGAAAUUGCCUCCUAUUUAUUUUUAACUGCCGCCUCAAAUCUCUCAAGGAAGGAAGGUUCUCAAUUCG